AUGCUGCAAGACGCAAGGAGCAUGAGCCCGGCACCGGAGACGAUCGGGUCAGAGGAUUCGACGCAGGAGGAUGGAGCUUCCACCACCGAGUUAGGUUGUUUGGUGAGCGAGGGGCCGACUCCGGAGACGCGCGCUGUGCCCCGCCACCGCUGCAGCUGUCGGGAGGCCGUGGGUGUGACGCUUCCUGCCAUCCUGGCAACUCUGCUCUUCCUACCCUUCAUAGUUGGAAGUGCAGUAGGUGCUCAUGGCCUUCUUGGGGCACGUGGAAGUGGACCAAUGUGCCUUUUGGCGCUUGUGUGGGCUUCUGUGGCAUCGCUGUACCCUGCUUGGGCCUGGAUGACGGGCAAGCGGGCUCUUGCAAGUCUGCUGCUUCUGGGGGCCCUCCUUUGCUGCUUCGUGCUGCUGAGCCUGCCGGCCCUGCUGGCAUUGCACUCCUCCAAGCAUUUGGCAGAUGAGGUGGACAGACUGUUUCCCGCAAGUGUGAAAGCCGCGCGAGACAAUCCCUUCGGCUUUGGUUCGUGGUUGAUUGGACCGCUGGCUGCCGAGGUCGGCAGCUGCAAGCUUCGGCCCUUACACGUUUCCAUACCGUUCAAAAGCAUUUCCCCACCGCCGCACUGCUCCUCGCAGCCUUUUGUGCGAAGAUGUGGUUCUGCUGGGCCGUUGUUCCUGGACGUCUACCUGCCCGAGUUGCGAGGUGGUGCACCUGGCGAAUUGAGCCGGCCUCUGUUGUUCUUCGUCCACGGCGGGUGGUGGUGGAGCGGAGACCGAACCUGGCAUCAUGCUUGCUUCUUUGAGUAUUUUCUGAAUCGUGGCUUCGUGCUCGUGUCGGUGGGGUACCGUCUUACCCGGGACGGCUACGUUGGGACAGACCUCGUGGAAGAUGUUGUUGAUGGCUUCAUGUAUGUGAUCGAACAUGCUGAAGAGCUGGGCAUUGACAAGCGCAGAGUGAUUUUGCAGGGCGAAUCUGCUGGUGGCCAUCUGGCGGUUUUGGCAUCCUUGUUGGUACCAUCCGGGCUCGUGCGCGGUGUCGUGGACCUCUGGGGCAUCCAGGAGCUUCGCCAAGGCUACAGCUCUCAUGUCCGUGACAACUGGCCCGAAGCAUACACCCUCUUCUGUGGGGGAAAUCCUGUGGCGAAGCCUGGCUGCUUUCACAACAUGUCGACGACAACCCACGUGGCGGAGCAGUCUCCGCCGAUGCUGUUGCUCCAUGGAACAGCCGACACGGUAGUGUCCUUCGACCAGUCCGUGGCUUUGGCGGGGGCUCUGCACAACUUCCAGGUGCCCAAUUUGCUGGUCCCAGCCCCUCAGCAAGUGCAUGGUUGCUGGGGCGUUCCGAGUGGAAUUUGCAUCCAGUGGCUUUUGUUACUCGGCGUUCCAGUAGCUGGCACGAACUUCUUCGCUGCAGUUGAGGUUCGUUUCCGAGCGUUUCUUUGCAUGGACAUUUGCCGGCACCCCUUCGAAAAUGAAGUGCAACAGAAGCAGCAGCUGUUGUGUUCGGCCAUGCAGUGGAGUGACGAUGACCACAAGGAAGUGCCACCGUUCUGGCUGUUGACAAAGCCUCCUCCGCCGUCAGAAGACGAGAAGCUUCAGGCUUCAGCCGCUCCCAGUGCAGCUCAGCUUUACCAGCAGAGGGAACUUCAGAAAGUCGAUGCUUUCGUGGAGACGGAUACCUGCAUCCUGCCGCUGGCUCCGAAGGCCCAGCUCGGCUCUGCCAUUCAUGAUCGCCACCGCGUGCUGCAGGUGAGCCUUGGCAGAGAGCAUCUUGGCACAGAUGUGCACGGCAUUCUACUGUCUGAUGCGGGGAUCGCUUUCACUUGGGGUGACAACCGCUUUGGCCAGCUUGGCCGAGAGCCGGUGAUCAAGGAGGAGAACGGCAGGCCGUUCCCCGUGAAGGGCUUGGUCGGCUAUGAAGUCACUCAGGUGUCUGCAGGAAUGCACCACUGCUUAGCACUGGUGGCACCUGGCUUGGUCUGGUCUUGGGGGCGCAAUAAAUCCGGACAGCUGGGUGUUGGUGACUACAGGGACCGGAUUAACCCGGAGAAGGUCUGCCAUCCGCCCGUCACCGACAACCCGGACGAGUCGGGAUUCCAGUUGGGUGCGAACAAAGACGGCCAGAUCAUUUCAGUCUCGGCCGGCACAGACAGCUCUGUGGCUGCCGCCCUGAACUCCAACAUAUGGCAGUGGGGACAGAUAUCUGAUGGGUUUCAGGACCAAGUUGUCACCAGCGACAAGUCCAAGAAGAGCAGCAUUGCUGUUGUCAAGAACAGGCCCUUCCGGGUCUUUCAGAAAGACGAGUUCCGCUCGCAGAUGCGAGCAGGACGAGUCUCCAUUUCCUCGACCGGCUGUAAAGUCUUGCAUCAGGACACCUACACCGACAAGGUUCGAGUUGAGACGCUGGUCCAAGGGCUGCAGUCUAUGCAGGAGAGCAUCAACAAGGAGCGGCUGGAUAUUGCUGCUCUCGAUGCUCAGCAAGUCAAGCAGAAGGACGGAGAGGCGCAAGCUGGUGGUGCGACGGAGAACGAGCUCGACACGCUGCAGGACACCAUCGGCGAGCUCGAGCACGACAUCAUGGUGCACGAGCGGGACAUCGAUGCACUGACCAAGAGCCUCGAGAGUUGCGAUCUUCGUCAGACCCACAACCGGAAGCAGCUCCAGCAACUGCAGCAGCAGGGCACUUCCUUGCACGACCGGCAGGACCAGGUCUCCCUUCAGAUCUCCAUGGCUCCGAAAGCUGGCGCCGAGAGGAGGAAGCUGGAGGAGCAGCUGGCCGAGGUAGAGGAGUUCGUGCAGGCGAACAAGAACACACGCAUGACGCUUCUGGACCAGAGAGCAGAGACCGACAAGGAGAAGCAAAGCAUUGCUGCCCAGCUGGCCGACUUGCGCAGGCAGAAAGAUCGAGCUGAGCGCCGUCUGGGAAUAGUCCGAGACCUGAGCAAAUCGACGCAGGCAACCAGCUCCGGCGCCUCGGACCUCCUGAUCAAGGUCCUGCACCAGCAAUGCACAGAGGUGGAAGAGUAUUUUGAGAAUCGCAAGGACACUUCGAAGGAGGACAACGACUUCCUGGCGGCCAUGAAGAUCCUGGAGAUGGACAAAGCUUUCCUGGACAGGGUGGAAAAUAAGAUGAAAGAGAAAAUGAAGGAAAUGAUCGAUGGGAAUAUGCGCAAUGGUGACAGAUUGCGCAGCGACCGUGCGCAGAUGGUACGGAACCCGUCGUUCACGACCGCUUCGAAAAUCGCAGAUCGAGAUGUUUAG